UGAAUAUUAUUCCCACCUUUUUUUGUUGCUAAAUCCAACGUUUCCCUUCCUUUGCCAAAAAGGGCAGGGAAGAAAUCAAUUUAAGAGAUUAAUUAUCAUUUCAUUUGAAACCCAUCUCUAAAAAAUGGAUUCAAAAAGGGGACUUGUGUUUUUCAUCUUAGCAUUGACAUUGGCAUUGGCAAUGGUAACCGAAGCCUUUAAAAUUCAUGAAUUUUCAGGGCUUAUGACAAAUGGUGACAAUGGUCUAAUUGAAGAUGACAAUGAAUUUUUGAUGAGUUCUGAAGCAAGUCAUAGGGUACUUGCUGGACGUAGAAGGUACAUUGGUUAUGGUGCCCUUAGAGCCAACCAAGUCCCAUGUGGUAGGCGUGGACGUUCCUAUUACAAUUGUCAUAGGAGGGGUAGGGCCAAUCCAUAUCAUCGUGGUUGCAGUGCCAUUACACAUUGUGCUAGAGACACUAGUUAAUUAAGAUUGUGGAAAUUUAUUUCCUAUUGCAUUUUAUAUACCUAUCAUCUUAUCCAAUUUCUUCUCGACGUUUGUGUAAUCUAUGAGCAUUGUGCCAAAUAUAAUAAUAUAAUAAGGUGGGAACAACUUGGUCUAUUUAAUUA